AUGGCUGCUGCUAUAGGUGCUGCAGUCUCUUUUCCUUCAUCCAAAUCCUGUUCUCUCCCCACCAAAACCUCUUCUGUUUCCCCUCAAAGGAUUUUCCUCAACAACAAGAGCACACGAGAGGCGUGUAUUUAUAGGGGAAGAGUGAAGGCUCAGGUGUCAACAGAGGCGCCAGUGAAAGUAGUCAAGGAGUCAAAGAAACAGGAAGAAGGAAUUGUUGUCAACAAAUUCAAACCAAAGGACCCUUACACUGGUCGUUGCCUCUUGAACACCAGGAUCACCGGUGAUGAUGCUCCCGGUGAGACCUGGCACAUUGUCUUCACCACCGAAGGUGAGGUUCCAUACAGAGAAGGGCAGUCGAUAGGAAUUAUUCCAGAAGGAAUUGACAAGAACGGGAAGCCCCACAAGCUCAGGUUAUACUCUAUCGCCAGCAGUGCCAUUGGUGACUUUGGAGACUCCAAAACCGUUUCUCUCUGUGUCAAGAGAUUGGUUUACACAAACGAAAGCGGAGAGCUUGUUAAGGGAGUCUGCUCCAACUUCUUGUGUGACUUGAAGCCGGGUGAUGAGGCAAAGAUCACUGGACCAGUUGGGAAGGAAAUGCUUAUGCCUAAAGACCCUAAUGCCACCAUCAUCAUGCUUGGAACAGGAACUGGAAUUGCUCCAUUCAGAUCAUUUUUGUGGAAAAUGUUCUUUGAGGAGCACGAGGACUACAAGUUCAAUGGUUUGGCGUGGCUCUUCUUGGGUGUACCCACAAGCAGCUCACUUCUCUACAAGGAGGAGUUUGAGAAGAUGAAAGAGAAGAACCCGGAAAACUUCAGGUUGGACUUUGCGGUGAGCAGGGAGCAGACAAACGAGAAGGGAGAGAAAAUGUACAUACAGACAAGAAUGGCAGAGUAUGCAGAAGAGCUGUGGGAGUUGCUGAAGAAAGACAACACCUUUGUUUACAUGUGUGGUCUCAAGGGUAUGGAAAAGGGCAUCGAUGAGAUCAUGGUCUCACUUGCUGCUAAAGAUGGGAUCGAUUGGUUGGAGUACAAGAAGCAAUUGAAGAGAAGUGAGCAGUGGAAUGUGGAAGUCUACUAA